GGACGAGUCUUGGACAGAGACACUCAAAGACAUAUAUAUUCAUCAUGACCACCCGGAUUUCCUUCCAACCGCCAAACGUGGGCAGCUCACGAUCUUUAAACGCGCCCCCAAGAAGGUUUUUUGGCAUGCGGAAUGACACUGAACAGGAUGACGACCCUUCUGGGCCAGAGCGCAGCACAAGACCAGCGUCAGGCGGUCAGAUCCAUCGAAAGCAGAGUUUCGUCUCGCGUUGGAGGACAAACACAGACGUGGAGAGUGCUAUCAAGUCUCCAAUGCUUGAAAGACCUCCAAUACCCAACGCUCUUCGCGGUAGCGAAUCCGACUCGACUCCGUUACCUGCAUUAUCUAUGAUUGUGCUGUCCAUCACAAUGCUUGGAGAGUUUCUCUCUGCCAACGUCGCCAUGCCGUUUCUCCUUUUCAUGGUUAAAGGAUUUGGAGAGUUCAACGACGAAGCACAGAUCGCCUUUUGGACUGGCAUACUUGUGUCCGCGUUCUUCUUAACGCAAUUCCUGACCUCACUAUUAUGGGCAACCGCAGCAGAUAGACAUGGUCGUAGAUUGGUGCUGACAUUGUCCUUGCUUGGAAGUGCAGUGACGGUGUUGCUUUUUGGGACUUGCACAUCGCUGCGGCAAGCGAUCGCGGUGAGACUGUUACAGGGAAUCUUUGCUGGCGCUGUCGGAGUGGCACGCGGAUGCGUUGCUACGGUGACGGACACGACGAACGAGGGGAGGGCAUAUGCUAUCAUGGGCUUUUGUUGGGGACUUGGUGGUGUGGCGGGCGCCAUCAUUGGAGGAUCAUUUGAGAAGCCUGCAGACAAGUGGCCAAGUGUGUUUGGCCAAGUACCGCUACUGGUGGAGUACCCGUACCUACUCCCGUGCGCAGUGGCUGCCAGCAUCACAUUGACAGGGUCGUUACUGUCCCUGUUUUUGGGCCGUGACGGUGGACCGCGGGAUGGCGCAAUUCGGCUACCACUAGAAAAACCUGAAGAUCGACACCCGACCAUUCAAGAGGAGGAAGAUAUCGCCACACCCAGCACCCUUGACGAUACCCCACAGUCUGGGUUGAUGCGCUCUCUUACACGGAAAGUGUCCGGUCAACUGUCUGGUUAUUUCGGAUCUCGAGAUUCAGUCACCGCACAAGAAACGCCGUCGCUGCCAGUGCCAUUGACGACAUCUAUAUCGCUGCCAAUGGACAGCCCGCGCAACUUCUCGAGGAUCAUCCGUGCCAAUGGAUCCGCGUAUGGUUAUGGGGGAGGUAAUAGGGCCACAAGCACGGUCAGUACGACCACGCUUGGUGUGAGGCGUGUGAGCACUGCCAGCACUAUAAGAAGGAGGCACGGAAGUGCAUUCGAGGGACCGACGUCAUUCACGGAUCCCGGCGACCUCAACUUUGCUCAGAGACUAUUGAUGGCAAACGAGAACGCGGUCACAAAUAUUGCUGAUCUUUGGGUGGCAGCGGCAAUGAAUGUGGAUAAUGACGAAACGUUUGAACCUGAACAAGAUUUAGAUAUGAACGUCGACUCGGAGUAUUUUGGACAUGAAGACAUUCCAGGUUCUAUUACAUCAUCUCCUAUACAUCGAGGGCGUUCUAUUGGCCGCAACCCCGCAAGCGCGAUUGGCAGUCCCGGCCAACGCUCAUCUGUGAUGACAUUUGGGCAAUCUUCACGCAUGCACUCAGCAAUGAUGGGAUCUCCCGCACCGGAUGGGGUACCGUUCGCAUUGCGUUCCCCGUCAAUAUUCUCGCACCCUGGAGUGCGUACGCCAUCCAUCGUCCUCGAUGCCCAGGCCCGUGCCCAGGAGUCCGCUGGUGACAAUCCACUACUACCAAUCCUGGAACACAUGCAAUCUGUCACAGAGUCAGAGAUUCCUCAAGAGAAGCCUCCAUCCUUGACCUCGCAGCUGCCUCUGGUUGUCAUAUUCCAGUACGGUUUGCUAGCACUUCACAGCACGACACACGAUCAGGUGUUCUUAUCAUAUCUUGUUACCGACUACGAGUCGGGAGGUCUGAACCUCAAUCCUGGGCAUUUCUCCCAGCUUAUUGCUCUCAUGUGCCUCGCACAGAUUGUAUAUCAGUUUUAUCUCUAUCCAAACAUUGGACCCCCUCGAGGGCGCUUCUCCCACCUUGCAAUGUUUCGUCUCGGGUCCCUGCUAUUUAUACCUGCAUACCUUACUGUCACUAUGUAUCGGGGUUUCGCAAGUUCUAAUGACCAAGGAAGUUUCGUUCUUAUGGCAGCGCUGGCUCUGAGCACAGCUAUACGUUAUUGCGGAAACACGUUUGGUUACACCGCCAUAUCCAUCCUCCUUAAUUAUAUGACACCCCCACAUGCCGUUGGUUUUGCCAACGGUGUCGCACAAAGUAUAGUCAGUCUCGCACGUUGUUUUGGACCUGUUCUUGGUGGAUACCUUUGGUCGGCUGGCAUCAAAGACGAUCCGUCAGGCUAUCCUCUCGGAUUCGUUGUAUGUUCGGUCGUAUGUGCGCUCGCCGUUGCACACAGCUUUUUCAUUCGUUGAUUAGCCGCCGCCGAUCUUGCUGUCUUGAAAUGCCCGCAAGAUAGAGUACACAUUAUAUUGUUUGUAUGCAUAUGACCAUCCACAGCAAUCACAUUAACGGAGAUAUGUGGGUUGUU